CGGUCCCCUGAUCCCGACUCCACCGCCCCUGGCUCCUUUAUCAUCCUCCAUGUACAGUCUCCGCCGACAAUCGCCGUCGGCUUUAUCCCGGCGGUUCCCUUUGGCGGGCCCACUGAUCUGGAGGUUCCCGCGUUUACUGCGGCGAUCGAGGCACACCAGAGGCGGAUCUCUGAGGCGAUUCUAGAACAUGCGUUACAGAUUUGCGCCAACAAAAAUGUUAAUGUGAAGACUCAGGUGGUUAUUGGGGAUCCAAAGGAGAAGAUUUGUGAAAUUGCUGAGAAUUUGCAUGCUGAUUUGCUUGUGAUGGGUUCCCGUGCUUUUGGCCCUAUUAAAAGGAUGUUUUUGGGAAGCAUAAGCAAUUAUUGCACCAAUCAUGCCCAGUGCCCUGUCAUAAUCGUGAAGAGCAAGGACACAUCGUCUUAAGCAUAGACAGUUGUUUACAUCUUCUGCCGAUGCCGAGCAAAAUCAUGUAGAUGCUGAGCGGGCAUGUGAUGCAUCACUAAAUGCUGCCUUAGAGUUGGGGGGAGACUCGCUCAAACUUUGCAGUUUAUUCUUGUUUACUAGCUUGUGCAGUAAGGUCACUCUUUGUAUGCUUUUUUGAGUGGUUUUGGAAAGAUUGAUUGGCCUUUCCAGAUCUACAUUUAGGGACACGUCCCUAACCUGUACCUUCCUUCUUUUGUUUGGUUUGUUUUAAUAAUUUCCUUCCAGUAUAAACCCUGCAUACUGUAUACCACAUGUGAACAACAAAUUGGUAAUAAAAGAUUUCAUGUUGAUUGUCA